AACUUUGAUACUUAUAGUAGUGUUAUGAUUUCAAUAUGUUUGCAAUAACCAUGCCAACGAAAAAUCAAUAAUGCACAGAACUAUAACAGUACACUUUGUAAAUUUAUUCAUUAUUAACACAAUAAUAAUGUCUCAUUUAAAUGUAUUUCAUUCAUUCAUUAUCAUUAUUAUUAUUAUUAUUACUAUUACUUUCAUAAAUCAUGUUUCAAUGAAAUCUAUUUUAAAAAUGAAACCAAAAAAUGAAUUUAUUAAAACAAAAAAAGAUUUAUUCAAAAUCUUAUCAAAAUGGCCAAUAACAAUUAGAAAUCAAUUAAAAUUACAUAUUCAAAAUUUAAAUUUUCAUGAUAUAAAAAAUGUAUUUAAUUUAUGCGCUAAAACUAAUGAAUCAAUACCAAUAUUUAUUGAAAAUAGUAAAUUUAUAUUUAGUCAAUCAAAUUUUUGUAAUAAACAAACAAAUUUAUGGAUUUUAAUCAUUGUACAUACACAUCCAAAUCAUCGUCAAAAACGUGAUUUAAUUCGUGGAACAUGGGGAUCAUUAAGUCGUGUUAAUAAUCGUAAAAUUGGUGUAUUAUUUUUUAUGGGUUUAUCAAAUAAUUUUAAUGAACAAAAAUUAAUUGAAGAAGAAGAACAAAUUCAUGGUGACAUUGUUCAACGUGCAUUUCUGGAAGAUUACUAUAAUAUGACGAGAAAACAUAUAACGAUUAUGGAAUGGAUUAGUAAAGGUUACUGCAAUAAUGUGCCAUUUCUAGUCAAAGUUGAUGAUGACACUUUUGUCGAUAUAUUUCAUUUGACACGCUACUUAGAAUUAAAAUAUAACAACCUAAAAGGUUUAUUCUACUGCACUGCUACAAGUAAUGUUAAAGUUGUACGACCAAACAGUAUAAAACAUUCCAAGUGGCAAAUAAGUGAAAAAGAAUAUCCCGAAAAAAUAUUUCCAACAUAUUGUGAAGGCUUUGGAUAUAUUAUGGAUAUGAAACUGGCUCCCUACUUAUACUGGUGUUCAAUGUUCCAACCACCUAUAUGGAUAGAUGACGUUUAUGUAACGGGAAUUUUAGCACAAAAUCUAGGUAUACCAAGAUUGAGAUUUGAAGAUGGACAUAGUUAUUUUAACUUGAAACCUGCAAAAGAUGAAGGUUUACUUGCAGACUCUAUAUUUUUAAUAUCAUUCUACAAUGAAUUCUAUCCACUUACAGUACAAGAUAUAUGGCGUGAAGUUGUUGCACAUAGUAUGGAAAUUGAUUAA